AUGGUAUCCCUCUCCAGCAUAACGCCCUCGAGAAGGAUGACUCGUAGUCAAUCCGCCAGUGAUAGAGAAGCAAAUCCCAAGAAAAUUUCCCGAGUAGGCAAAACUGCGCCUCGUUAUGCAGUAAUGAACACAAAGUCCGAACUAGAGGAACCUGCAUCCACCGACCAAGAAGAAGCUGCAUCCACUGAACAAGACGAAGCUGCAUCCACCGAGCCGGAAUUUAUUGUCACCACGCCGACUUUCCCGGAAAGACUGUUCGCACGUAAUUGCUAUCCUGGCAAACCUCGACUGAACAUCUAUUCAAAGGCGAGUAUCAUUGGAUCGUUAGUGAAGUUGCUAAGAGGCUCCCCUGAAAUGAAUUGUCUGCUAGGAAGUCAGUUUGGAGCUCUGUUCCACUUACCUGUAUCGCGCUGCUCAAACUCUGCGAAACUUGUACAUUCUCUCCUCAGCCGUCAGCUGGUUACGAUGCGCCUAUAUGAGCUCUGGUUCUUGUUUGCAGACAAGCCACUACGCUUUUCUCUGCGUGAGUUCGGAGACAUCACGGGGCUGAAAUGCGAGCCUGAGAGGGAAAAAGUUGGAAACGGGUCAGAAUCUAGCGAUGCCACACCUGGACGUAUGUGGAAAGAGUUGUUUGAAACUGAAGAUGAAGACGUGACUGUACCAGAUGUUCUUCGUAUGCUUGAACAGCCUAGUCUUCCUGAGUGGAAGCGGUUGCCACUAGCUCUCAUUGCGCUUGUAGAUGGUCUCCUGGUUUGUGGUCACAAACUUCUUCGUUUGACGCCUGCUUACGUCGAGAUGCUGGAAGACACCGGAUCAUUUCUUCAAUAUCCAUGGGAGAGAGAGGUAUUCGUCAGCACUCUGUCUAGAUUAACACCACCUCAACCUUCUGAUCCUUCUAAAAUGGAUAAAUCCCUUUCGGUCAUGCGCCUUCGCUUGAAACAGCAGUCAACAGCGUGUUAUGGGUUCCCUCUGGCGCUGCAACUUUUUGCUUUUAAAGCUAUCCCCUUAUUGCUUGAGAAAAUUUCCGAACCUAAUAAAACUACUUCUUUCUUGCAAGAACUAGAAGGAUGCGACUCAACAAAUGCACUUCUGAAUUUUGAAGACAUACUUCUGGUGGAAACCCAAACUGAGAUUAUUGUUACGUAUUCAAUUCCAGAUGAAGGUGGAGAUCCAAAGUGGAAGAAAGAAGUAAUCGAUCCCCGAAUAGAUAACUUAGUUCGUCGAAUGCGGGAAGGGCACGAGUUCAAAGCAACAGACUUUAGAGGAGGUGAUUCAUCCCUUCCACCUCUGAAGCCAGCCGAAAAGGCUGAAGGUGUUGGUGUCAAAAAGAAGUGUCUAAAGCCGUCUAGGCGGUUUGGGAAAGUCUGUGAUGAACCUGGAUGUUCGACUCAGGCGCCUCAGCGUCCUAUUCGACCUUGUCGUGGGAUAUGUAAACAGGCUGAACCAGGAAACUUAUCAGAUAAGGAGGAAGAGCUGAAAGAGUGGAUACGAGCUGAACUGAAAACCCAAUUGGGUAAAUUGCGGAACGAGAUUUUUGACUGGUUGCAUCAUGAUAGGGGAGGCUCGUUCACGGUUCCGCAAAACACAGCAGCCGGUAAAACAAACAGAGACAACAGUCACGCUGACCCUACCGGCAUGGAAGUUCCAAAGAAGCGACGUCCGUACAAUGGUGAUGGUAAUGAUGAAGCUGAAAUAUGUGGGUCUGAUAGUAAGAAACACAAGAAGAACAACGGCGAUGGGUUUAGCGACGAUGAGACGAUGAGAAUGCAUGAUAAUCAUUGUGACGGUCGUACGCCAAAUGCUCGCUUCUGGGAAAAGGUAGAUUCAAUGGCGGGCGAAGGCCCCUCUUUCUCGAAGUCGGCAAACAUUCCAGAAGUCGAUGUUUCAACUCCGAUUGGACCAGAAACUGUAUCAAAGCCAGCAAAACCGACUCUCCCGGAACCGUUGGAGGUAUUCAGCGUCGAUUAUCAGUUGUUCGUUUUAGUUAGUGAGGUGUACAGGAAUACUGAUUUGUUUGGUCAGGUUAAUUUAAGAGGUGUUCAGCUUAAGUAG